GGCCGUCAUGAAGGAUCAUUGAACUCACAUGAUAGUUCAUGCUUUCCCAUGAGACAACACUAAAGACAGCAGACUAGCUCUGUGAAAGGAUGAUCUGUGCUUCUUCAGAACAGGGCAAGUCAGCUAUGGAUUCAAACAAACAAGAAGGAGAAACUGAAAAUGCUCCAGUAAGCAGCCUGCCAGCACAGAUAUACCAGUUGCAGGUUUUGGCAUCUGAACUUAAAACUGGAUUUACAGAGGCCAUGCAGGAAUUGUCCCGAAUACAGCACGGAGAGUACACUCUGGAAGAGAAGAUCAAGAGUUGUCACUGUACUAUGGAGGAGAAAGUCACCGAGAUGAAGAAUUCACUCAAUAACCUUAAGGAAGAAGUAAACACAGCCAUGGAGAUUAUUCAUGCCAUUAUUGCUAAACAGGAAGAGAUGCAGCAGAAGAUUGAACAACUUCAACAGGAAAAGAAGAGAGAGUCCCGCAAAGUAAAAAACAGAAUCCAGAAGGAAGAGAAUACAACCCAAGCCCAGAAAUCCGGCCAUUCUGAGACCACAAUGGCUAAUCAGAAUUAUAACAACCUAGUCCAGACAUCAUCACAUGAGAAAGGUACUGUACCCAGGUCAGUGAGUGCUGCUAGUGAAAGCAUUAUCGCACUAACAAACACAACGCAAGAGGCUCAUGAAGAAACCGAUGAAGGCUUCAAGUCUGUAUCGGUUGAAGCGCAAUCAAGAGUUUAUAUGCCUUCAGUCAUCUGGAGACAACUGAAGGAGGAGAGGAACUGGCAGGACGAGCCAACAGACAGACUGAGGGAUUCAGUGCAGAACAGAAGUGCUCCUGUGGAAAAAGCACCGAACGAGUCUGCUGCCUUUGCAAGGAGGCAAAGCGCUGCCAAGGACCUUCUGGAAUCAGAACGUAAAUAUGUCCUGAACUUAUCUCAUAUUCUGAAGAUCAGGGCGGCUUUACAAGGGUCUGAAAUCAAGAGGAGUGCUAAAGAGAGAAGUUUCUUUCCCAGUUCCUUGCGAUAUUUGAUCCAGCAUCAUCUGGACCUGCUCCAUGUACUGCAAGAAAGAAUGGUCAAAUGGUCCCGACAAGGAAUCCUGGGAGAUAUAUUUCUGAAAUUAACAAAUGAUGAGAACAACUUCUUGGAUUAUUAUGUUUCUUGCUUGAAAGACCUGCCAGAAAGUAUUUCUGUGAUACAUAUUGUGGUUCUUAAAGAGGCUGAAGAAGACAUAAAGUCAGAUCUGUAUAUCCUUCUUUUUCAUGUUGUCCAGCGCAUCCCAGAAUAUCUUAUUCUCCUGCAGAAUAUUCUAAAAUACACAGAGAAGGACCACCCAGAUUAUUACUUGCUGUUGGUCUGUGUCCAGCGUCUGCGUGUUUUUAUAUCUCACUAUAGUGUUCUGUUCCAGUAUAACGAGGACCUGCUUAUACAGAAGAGGAGAAAACUGAAGAAGUCCUCACUGAUUAAACUGUACAAAGGUCUGGCAUCUCACUGCACUACCACAAGCCAAGAAGUUCCGCAUGGUGUGACCAAUUCUACAAAUGUUAAGGAAAGUCCAGUCCAGACUAAUGAGACACUACAGACUUAUGCAUCGUCACCAGACUCCAACACAUCAGUCAUGCAUCUGGUUCCACAUGUGAAAAAGAGCAGACAAACUCCAGUAGAAGUUAUACAGCCAUUAAAGACAUCAGAAUGGGAAGCUGAAGGAAAGAAACAUGACAGGUCAGAGAACCUAUCAGUUCCAGCUUCCUUCAGCAGAGCAGACCAAGAAGUUAUUUCAUUAGUGGCCCCACUACAAUCUAUUCCAGAGAUGGAAUAUGAAAGUAAUCCUUCAGUGCUUGAUAUAGAAAGAUCCAUAAGAACUUCAUCAAACAUUCUACCUGAUGGUACUUUUGCCACCAACUAUGAGCAAUUUGAGUAUGGCGAUGAGAUUAUAGGUAUGUCCACUCCAUAUGAAGAAGAGACAUUUCAUAACAGACCUCUCUUUGAGUCAUGUUCUGCAGGUUCAUCGGAAUCAAGUCUUGAUAUUUGCUUUUUGAAGCCCAUCAACUUCACACUUGAAUCCAACAAAACUGAACGUUCUCAGCAGCCCUUGGCAAGAAGUUGCAUUUCCCCUGUGAGUAACAGUAGCUACAGACAUGAAGGCAUCCAUGGGAAGAACAAACCUUUGAGUCGAUCUCUUAAGGAGUUCCCUCGCAAUCAAGAGGCCAUGGCUACCAGGUUGUACAGCACUAGAAGCACCAAUGCUAAUAGGAUGCAGUUUAAGCAGGAUCAAAGCACCCAGUACCAUCCUCUACUAGCCUCAUCCCACAUCUCCCACAGGCACUUUUAUAAUCCACAGAGGCCUCAUGUAGACAGUAGAUCCCUGUUGGAGGAAAUCCACAUGGAUGGCAAUGCAAAAUUCUACCAAAAAGAUGAAACUGAGCAAACAUCAUUCAGUGAUCAUCAUCCCAGGUCAGAUCAAAAGGGAGGUUUCCGAAGCUCCUUCCGUAAGCUAUUUAAAAAGAAGUACUGUGGAGUAGACGGCAAGGAGAAGACAAGUGAGAAAUCAUCUAUAGACCAGUCUCCAACAAGGCAGGAGAUCUUCAGAGUUCACUCUGCUCUUAUCAAUGAGCUUGACCGUGGAACAGCUGUAUAGUAAGAAUCUGUGAAAAUAUAAAGAGCCAAAAAGAUUUAUGGUAGCUUGUCACUCCCUGUAUUUGAAAAACAAAGCUGCUAAAUAUUCUAGUGCAAAAACACUUUUAUCACAUUCACACAAAAACAGUUAGGACGUGUAAAGUAUUAUAUAGAAUUACCUUUAGUAUUAAGCAACUUGUAACACUCGGUAAGGGUUUAAUUACAGCUACAUAUUUUGAAUGCAACACAAUUACUGGUAAUUAUAAUUUUAUAGUUGUAAAGAAUUCAAGAACAAUAACGUUUUGAUUUUACGA